UCUCUAUGUCAUCCACUAAAGUAAAAGAAUAGUAUAAAAAAAGUUUAUACUAUUCUUUUUCUUUUUCUUUUUCUUGAGAGGUAAUGGGCACAAUUCCACAGUCAUUUAAAGGAGAAUUGUUUAUUGCUUUUCCUCUGUUCGCAGCAGAAAUAAAGAGAAUUUAGUCAGUGAUUAAUGUGAAUAUUUCUGACAACGAGGAAUCUACUGUCUUGUGUAAACAGCCCAUCUCAUAAAAAUUCAAUCUUUACCAGAACUACAAACUAUUGUGCCUGUGGAAACAGCCCAUCUCAUAAAAAUUCAAUCUUUACCAGAAUUACACUACUGUGUGUGUGUGUGUGAGAGAGAGAGAGAGAGGAGAGAUGAAGGAGCUGUUUGGAAGCCCAGGGAGAAAAAGUGGGCUGAUGUUAAGGGUUGGACAGUGUGUGUUUGCAGCUGCUUCAAUUGGGGUUAUGGCCUCUGCUACUGCCUUCUCUACUAUUACUGCAUUUUGUUACUUAAUUGCAUCAAUGGGGCUUCAGGUUUUGUGGAGCUUCGGACUUGCCUGCCUCGACGUGCAUGCUUUAAGGUCGAACAAGGAUCUCUACAACCACAUUCUCGUCAGCCUGUUUGUCGUUGGUGACUGGGCCUCAGUUCACAUAAAAGGCGACUCCUCGUGUGAAAUCAUACGUAGGAUUUCAUCGUCUAUCAAGAUACUGAGACGGGUUGGAAAUUUCUUGAACAAACUACCUAAACAGACUUGAUUCUUGGAUCCUCCAAGCAUAUCUAUCCAUAUAUAGGAAGUGUGACAUUGCUCAUUGCUUUUGCGAUAAAUAAUUUGCAGGUGACUGCUACGCUGUCCCUGGCUGCUGCAUGCUCGUCUGCAGGCGUGAUCGUUCUGUUCACGAGAGAUACGAGCAUCUGCAGAGUGGAGACCAAAUUCUCCUGUGGCAUGUUUCAGAUAUCCAUUGCUUUUGCUUUUGCUUCUUGGUUUCUUGUUUCCAUAUCUUCCUGCAUCAUGUUUUGGCUGGUGGCAUCUAUGUAGAUUUAGACCAUCUUUUUUGUGCAUUGCUCCAACUCACUUUGUACAUAUUGUUCAUUCUUCAUUACUAUCUAUCUACCCUAAAAUCUUCAAUACUUCGUCUGUCCUUCAAAUGUAUGCAGAGAUUUUUUUUUAUACGAGUUUCAAUAAAAAGUUGUUGAGUGCA